CUGAAACGCUCAGUCUUCGUAUCUUGCGCUCAUUUGUCUGACAAGGAUUAUCUAUAGACGAUUAGAUAUUUUUCAUCCGUGGAUUCAAGAAGGACGUGGACUGACGUGAUUUGAAGGUGCAAUGGCAUUAGUUUCUGGAGGAAGGUCUACAUUGAACCCUAACGCUCCUCUCUUUAUUCCUGCUGCUGUUCGCCAAGUGGAGGAUUUUUCACCAGAAUGGUGGGAAUUAGUUACCACCUCAACAUGGUUCCAUGACUACUGGCUGAGCCAGAACCAGGGAGAGGAUGGUUUUUAUGGCAAUGAUGUGGAUGGUUUUGAUGGUAGUGAUGUCGCUGAACUGCUGCCGGAUACAAUUGAUCUUGGUGCUGAUGAGGAUUUCUCAAAUAUGGAAGCGCAGUUUGAAGAAUUCAUUCAUCCUUCUGAGAUGGGAGAAGCAAACGAGUUUGCUUUCUCUGUUGUGAAGGGAAUACCUGAACAUGGUUUGGCUAUGGAUACUGAAGCACUGAUGAAGAGUCUGAGCUUGGCAAAUUCUGGGAAGAAGAAAGGGCUGAAUUCCCCAACUGGACCACCAAAGUACUGUGACAAGCCAGCGAAGUGUGUUAGCUCAAAAUGCAGUCCCAUUCGCAUCCAGCAGCCUCGUUGAAUGUUAGCAGCGUGCCAGUGCUGCCUGGUUUAAGUUGCAGUUUAUCCAACUCCUCAACAAAGUAGUGUUUGUUUCCUGUAACAUAUGUACAGUGCAAGGUUGCAACUGCUGUAACUAGCCUUGUUCAUAUUCUGACGUCUGUUUCAGUGAACUAGAGAACAAUUAGAAAAUUACAAAAAAAGAGGAUGUAGAAUUUGAAUGAAAAAGAAGUCAUUUUGGCAUACUUUUUGCCCAUCUUUAAAAA